AUACCCAUCACGUAAGGAAACACGAGGUGUCUCCUCUUGAGGAACGAUUAUUCCUCCAAAAAUGGCAACCACAGCUGUAAACAAUUCGUCACCCUCCACGUCGGUUGCUGAAUUAGUUGCUUCAUUCCUUCGGGCAAUCGAAUACCUGGUCAGGCAAAUCUGCCUCAGAAUCGACGAAUAUGGAAUAACUGCGCUACUAAAAACAGUUUUACUGUUCGUGGUGCUGUUUGCAGUGAAGGAAAACCUGAAACACACGUUUGGCUACGAGUGCCCAGAAGAAAACUACUAUUUCUACGGAAACCUUUUCAUUUAUGGCCCAGCAGUUUUCUUUUUGUGCUUUGCGUUCGUAUUUUCUCGUUCGUUCUGGGAAUUCGUAACGAGUUGCUGCCGUCUACACUGCAACAAGCGACUUUUGGUUUCGCCGAGGUCCGCUAUAGACAUCUAUCUCGCUGUUUCAUCUCCCUUCCUGUGGGUUGCGUGCGCGCUCACUGAAAAAGAUUAUUACGUCUGCGCAUUUUACGGGCCAAUAAGUUUUGAAGACCGACCACAUAGGUGGACGAGUCAACCCAGCGCUGGAUGGGUAAGGAACGCAAAAAGUCGCAGCCAAGUGCUGGCAUGGGCAAUUAUACUGUCAUGGGCUCUGACUUCAACUGCGGUUAUCUCACUUCACCGGUGCUUAAACAGAAAUGAAGAGGAGAAAUCCAAAGGAUACAUUACCGUAUAGGCAUAUUUUUAAACUAAGUCUUACCCUGUUAAAAAUGUGAAGAUGACAUAUCCUGUCUGGGUACUCCCAUUCACACAAGCUUGAUGCCAUUUACACUGUUUAAGCCUUUAAGGUGUCCCUUUUUCACAUAAUUUAGACAAGCUUUACUUUAGGAGGAGUGGUUCCCUCAUAGUUCGUGCGCUCAACUCUGGAUUGAGCAGUCCAGGUUUAAGCCCUGGCCUGGGACAUUGUUUUGU